AUGUCAUACACUACAAAUUUUCCACACAGUCGUAAACGGACAGUAUAUGUCGGUGGUUUUGGCGAAGAGGUUAAUGAAAAAAUUCUUACUUUGGCUUUUAUUCCAUUCGGUGAUAUUGUUGGAGUUAGUAUUCCUCUUGAUAAUGAAACUGGAAAACAUAGGAGUUUUGGUUUCGUUGAAUUCGAGCUCCCCGAAGAUGCAGCUGCAGCAAUCGACAAUUUGGACUGUUCUGAAAUAUACGGACGUACAAUUCACGUUAAUUUUGCCAGACCUCCCAAGGUUAAUGAACGAAGUCAAAGGCCUAUUUGGGCUGAUGAUGAAUGGCUCAAACAAUAUGGCCAAGGAACGGGUAAUGCAGAGGAAUCAAACGACAAUAAAACAGAAAAGGAAUCUGAUGAAGUUAUUAAUAUUGAUAAAGAAGGUUCAGAAACAGAACAAAGGUUGCCUCGAGUUUUUCUUGGAGUAAAAAUUGGAAUUAGGUAUAUUGGUCGAAUAGUUAUUGAGUUGAGAUCUGAUAUUGUUCCAAAAACGGCCGAAAAUUUUCGAGCAUUAUGUACUGGUGAACGAGGAUUUGGCUUUGAAGGCUCCAAGUUUCAUAGGAUAAUCCCAAAGUUUAUGAUACAAGGAGGAGAUUUUACCGCAGGUGAUGGCACGGGAGGAAAAUCGAUUUAUGGAGUGAAGUUUGAGGAUGAAAAUUUUAAAUUAAAACAUGUCAUGCCUGGUGUUCUUUCAAUGGCCAAUUGUGGUCCAAACACAAACGGAUCACAAUUUUUUAUUUGCACGGAGAAGACUGAGUGGUUGGAUGGGAAGCAUGUUGUUUUUGGACAUGUCGUAGAAGGAAUGAAUAUUGUUCGGCAAAUCGAGCAGCAGGGCACAGCUUCUGGAAAGCCAAUGAUGCAGGUUGUUAUUGUUGAAUGUGGUGAAGUUAAAUAAAUUCUUUGUUUUGUUG